AUGUCGUGUGAAGCCUGUCGUUCUAUUCCGCCAGUUACUUCCCAGGGGUAUUCCCCCAAAGGGUAUUAUGAGACCAUUGCUGGCCUCAAAACAUACGUGACUGGAAAUGUGGGUGGAAAAAUGGGUCUGGUAGACCUAUAUGAUGUCUUUGGGCUCGCCAGCCAAACCCUUCAGGGCGCUGAUCUUCUCGCCGUGCGCCUCAACGCCGUGGUGUUGGUUCCUGAUUUUUUCAACGGCGACCCACUCAAGCCGGAGUAUGUCCCGGCUGAUACCGAGGAAAAGAAGCAGAAAAUAGCGGAGUUCUUGGACCAGAAAGCAUCAUUUACACGAAAUACGACAGUUCUUUUGGAGGCAAUCCAGAAAUAUAAGUCUCGAUUCCCCUCCGUAGGGAAGUGGGGUGCCUUUGGUCUCUGCUGGGGCGGCAAGGUCACAGUGUUAGCUUCAGGUGCCAAUAGUCCUUUUGCUGCCUCGGGACAGGUGCAUCCAGGGCGUAUGGAUAUGGCUGAUGCGGCACAAAUUACCAUUCCCCACAUUGUCCUGGCAUCCAAAGAUGAGCCCGUUGAUGCAGUCACUGGCUACGCCCGAGUGAUCAAUAGCAAUGAAUCAGGUGGACAUGUUGAGACAUAUCCUACAAUGUGGCACGGAUGGAUGGGUGCUCGUGCUGACUUGGAUGUAGAGGAAAGCCGAUCUGAAUAUACGCGAGGAUAUUCACAACUAGCUGCGUUUUUUGAGAAGAAUCUCCAAUAG